GCUGGUGAUUAAAAAAUUAAAAAAGAAAAGGUUAAUACCACUACAAAGUCCAAAUUGGGAAAUAUCUCAAAUUUCUUGUGGCCCCCUCUUUUAUCUUAUCCCCCAUUUUCUUCGUUCUUUUCCGCGGAAUACAAGCAGUAAUCGAAAAAAAGUAUAAAUUGAAGUAACAACAACAUUUUUGUAUCUAUUUUCUGCUCGUUUAUUCUUUAUUUCUUUCAACCCAAUACCAUAAUAGAGUGUCUCAAUAUUUCUGUGAAAACCCCUUCUAAUCAAUUUGCAAGCUUUAUAUCAAACAUGUGCAAAAAAGUGCAAUUUUCUCUUCAAGUCGACUUUAUUUCCACUUUUGCAAACGACGAAUAUGAUCGUACAGCGCAAGAAGUAGCUAAACUGACAUAUAAAGAUAUGCUGGAACUGUUGACGAUGAAAUCACAGUGGAGAAGAGACAUGGAAAGAAUGAUGGCCGAGAGAACUGCUUUAGAAGGGUCCAGUUCUGCAACGACGACAGCGACUACACCAACUACAACAUCUACAACGAUGAAUAAUGAAAAUAGCGCUAGCACUGUCAUCCAUACCCAUCAUCAACAACAAGAAAUCUGUAUUUAAGCCUCCUGCGUCAAAACUUUACGUCAACAGUUUUUUGCAAAAAAAAAAAAAAAAAAAAAAAAAAAAAAAAAAGAAAAAAAA